AUGUCGUCUUUUUUUACGACACCCGGAGCCCAGAAGAAGAGGAAGCGCACGGUGGCAACAGAAGCACCAAAGAAGCGACUAGCAACAACUAAGCCAUCAUCGAAACCACCGAGCAGGGGCCCCGCCAAAUCCUCCGUCGCCCCGAAGAAAAAGGCCAUUGAACGAGACGAGUCGAUCUCAGGGAGCGAUAUCGAGAGUGACGAAAGCGGAGACGAUGUUCGGGACAGGAGCGGCUCUGAGGAUUCUUCAGACGAGUCGGAUAGUGGAGGGGAGACGGCAGCAGAGAAGCGGUUGAGGUUAGCACAGCGGUAUCUCGAGAAGACGCGAAAGGAGGUGGAAUUGGAGGAUGAGUACGCGUUCGAUGCAGAGGAGAUUGACCGAGAUCUUCUUGCUGAGAGGCUACAAGAGGACGUGGCCGAAUCGAAGGUAAAGUCUACCGGCGACGGCUACCUCACAAAAUGGAAAUUGCAAGACCUGCCUAAAGACCAAUGGCCGCAGACAACACGGAGGAAACCAAAGAAGCCCCCCGCGCCGCCCAAGCGGAAACCCGAGAGGAUAUGUUUCGCCAAAUCCAACCCGGGAAAGACCAAGGACAAGAGCUAUCAGGGCCACACAGGGGCACCACUCACCGUCAAGGCGUCGCAAGACGGAAAGUACGUCGUAACCGGAGGUGUCGACCGCCGCCUGGUUGUCUACAACGCCGCCGACCUCAAGCCCAUCCGCGCCUUCACGCAGCACCGCGACGCCGUGACGGGCCUGGCCUUCCGCCGCGGCACCAACCAACUCUUCUCCUGCUCCAAAGACCGCACCGUCAAGGUCUGGUCGCUCGACGAGCUGGCCUACGUCGAGACCCUUUUCGGCCACCAGGACGAGAUCCUCGACGUGGACGCGCUCGCCCAGGAGCGGUGCGUCAGCGUCGGCGCCCGCGACCGCACCGCGCGCUACUGGAAAGUACCCGAGGAGUCGCAGCUGGUGUUCCGCGGCGGGGCGGGCGAGGGCGGCAAGAAGAGCCGGGUGCCGGUCGGCGUGGACCCGGCGUCGGCGGCGCACGAGGGCAGCAUGGACCGCGUGGCCAUGCUCGACGACGAGAUCUUCGUGACGGGCAGCGACAACGGCGACCUCGCCCUGUGGAGCAUCCAGCGCAAGAAGGCCCUGCACGUCGUCCCGCGCGCCCACGGCAUCGAGCCGCCCCUGGACCCCGCCCAGUCCUCCGCCGACGAGGUCCCCGACCCGAGCGUCGUCCCCCCGCCCCAGCCGCGCGCCAUCACCGCCCUGCGCACCGUCCCCUACUCGGAUGUCAUCCUCAGCGGCAGCUGGGAUGGCUGUGUGCGCGUGUGGCGGCUGAGCGAGGACAAGCGCAAGAUCGAGGUCGUGGGCGUGCUGGGCGGCGCACCGCCCACACUGCCCAAUGGGGUACACGCUGACGGCAAAGACAAGAAAGAAUCGCCCAGCCAGGAUUUGGUCCGCGGCAUAAUCAACGACAUUGCCAUGUUUGAGCGGGGCGAGAGGGGCCGGGACGGGCUUUGCGUGGUGGCGGUCACGGGCAAGGAGCUGCGGCUCGGCAGGUGGAAGAACAUGAAGGAGGGCCGGUGCGGCGCCGUCAUCUUUGAGGUGCCGAAGGCGGUUGUGAAGAAGCAGGAUGGGGCCGAGUUGAACGGGGGAUCGGCCGGGUUAGACGGCGAGGAGGAUAACUAG